GUAGCGUUAUAUAUCCGCCAAAGGAGAAGCCGGGGCGGAGAUCGAGCAGCGACUCCAACACUCCGACGAGCUGCUGAGAUUCCGAUCUCGAAACCUUCGCGACAUGGAUGACCCGGAGCUAGAAGCCAUUAGGCAAAGAAGAAUGCAAGAGUUGAUGGCAAAACAUGGCAUUGGUAAUCAGCAAAAUGGUGAGCCGCAGAAGGCACAAGAAGAGGCCAAAAGAGAAGCAGAAGAACAUAGGCAACUGAUGCUUAGUCAGAUAUUAUCAGCUCAAGCAAGAGAAAGGCUUGCUCGUAUUGCUUUGGUGAAACCUGAUAAAGCAAGAGGCGUGGAGGAUGUUCUUCUUAGAGCUGCUCAAAUGGGACAGCUAACUGAAAAGGUAUCGGAAGAGAAGCUUAUUUCACUUCUGGAGCAGAUCAACAACCAAACAAGCAAACAGACAAAAGUUACUAUCCAGCGACGCCGAAGUGUACUUGACGAUGAUGAUUAGUUAGCAGUCUAUUUUAGUCAGGGGAACUAUGUUGAGUAUAUGAGUGUGUAUGCUUGGAGUCGCAACUCAUGGCAAGUGUUACUUUGUUGCUUGGUCAUGUCUGAACUGUUCUAUAAUGUUCUGCAGAAGUUGUCUUCGUUCCAUAUUUACUGUUAAAUGUAUGUCUCCGGAACAGAGCUGAUGUUUGAAAUCUAUAAUCAAACCCCCUUGGUCGCUAGUAA